AUGAGUACCGUUUUAGAGAUGACUAGUCGUCAACAUUUAUAUCCGACCAUUGCAUCAACCAAUGAAGAUACGGAUAGCGAGUCGAAGACUUGCGGUAAGAUUCUGGUGUUCUUAUCUUGGGUGCUCGUCAUCUUCACAAUGCCGUUUUCUCUCUUCGUCUGCUUCAAGGUGGUACAGGAAUAUGAACGGGCUGUGAUCUUCCGUCUUGGACGUUUACUCUCUGGCGGUGCCAAAGGCCCCGGAAUCUUCUUCAUACUCCCCUGCAUUGAUACCUACGCCCGCGUUGACCUCCGGACUCUUACCUACGAUGUACCCCCGCAAGAGGUGCUGACUAAAGACUCGGUGACCGUAUCCGUGGAUGCUGUGGUGUACUACCGGGUCCAUAACGCUACCAUCUCUAUCGCUAACGUGGAGAACGCUCAUCAUUCCACACGUCUCCUAGCCCAGACUACCCUUCGUAACACCAUGGGCACCAGACCUCUGCAUGAAAUACUAAGUGAGAGGGAAACUAUUUCUGGAAACAUGCAACUCGCUCUAGACGAAGCUACCGAAGCUUGGGGCAUCAAGGUCGAACGUGUUGAAAUUAAGGACGUCCGCCUACCGGUACAACUGCAACGUGCGAUGGCAGCUGAAGCCGAGGCAGCUCGCGAGGCUCGAGCCAAGGUUAUUGCUGCUGAGGGAGAACAGAAGGCUUCCCGAGCACUUCGCGAGGCUUCCGAAGUGAUCGGUGACAGCCCUGCCGCUCUGCAACUGCGCUACUUGCAAACUCUGAACACCAUUUCGGCUGAAAAGAAUUCGACCAUCGUGUUUCCGCUGCCGAUCGACCUUCUUACUUACUUCUUGAGGGCCAGGGAGGAGUCGUAAACGACCGUGACGUCAUUUGUCUUGUACUAGCGACCAACAAGCUAAGCAGAUCAAUGGAAUUAACGCAUAAUAGAUUAUCUACUCGCUUAAUGUAUGCUUUUAUGCAUUUAGAGAAUUCUAGUCAUUUUUGC